GUCGUUUCAGCGGGGAGGGAAGGAAAGACUACGACCCCCAUGAUGCUGCUCGGCAGCGAGGAGGCGGUGCCGAUGAUGACAGCGGCGGCGCAUGCGUGCUUACUCACUCUGGCUGAGGCGGAGGUGGCCGAGAGGAAGCAACGGCAGGAAUAGCAGCGGCGGCAGUAGCAGCGGCAACGAGGAGCUUCCUGGCAGCGGCCUCCGGUGAGGGGCUGGGAGGGCGAGGCGGCUCAGCCCCACUCGCACGUCGGGAGGUGGGGCGGUUUUUUGGGGGGGUUGAACAGUUUUGGGGGCUGAGAGAGGUCUGGGGGGCUUGGGGAGUUGUUUUGGGGGUUUUUUCGAAGUGUUGCGGGUCUGAGGGAAGUGGGUUGAAGGGCUGAGGGGGACAUUUUAGGGGGUCCACGACCCCUCGUGCCUUUCAGUCUCCAGCAGAGCUUUUCAGGGUUUUUAAAAAAUUAAAAUAAAUGGUUUUUUUUAAUAAAGUGGAAUUUCUGAGAAAAUUGGGAGCGGCUCUUUAAUAACGUGACAUCUUUCAUUUCCUCCCAGAAACUCGGGGUGGGGCCGUUGGUGUUUGUGGUCUCUUGUUUUCUCUUUCCUCUCCUGUCCAUUUUACCCUCGCAGCCCCCCCCCGCCCCCCGCCCGGUGAGGUAAAUUAAGACUUCAGAGACGGAGAGAGUUACUAAGCAGCCAAGUACUUGCCCAAGGCCGGCCACCCACCCACCCACUGUGAUUUCUUUCUUUCUUUCGCUAAGUGAAGACCUCUUAGUCUUCUCUCGCCACUCCUUCUAGCCCAAGGACGACUCUCAAAACCUGUAGGUUGUGGUUUAUUCAUUUAUUGUAUAUUGUAUUUUUAAUAAACCCUGCCCUUACUUGAAGGAGGAACAUAAGGUAAGCAGAGGAAGUUUCACUUCUUCUGUCCCCUUGCCCCACGAAACCAUUGUGCAAGGGAGAUCAGCCCUGUGUGGUUAAAGUGUCUGACAGGGGCCAGCAAACUUUUUCAGCAGGGGUCCGGUCCACUGUCCUUGUGGGGGGCUGGACUAUAUUUUGGGGGGCGGGGAAAUGAACGAAUUCCUAUGCCCCACAAAUAACCCAGAGAUGCAUUUGAAAUAAAAGGACACAUUCUACUCAUGUCAAAACACCAGGCAGGCCCCACAAAUAACCCAGAGAUGCAUUUGAAAUAAAAGGACCAUUCUACUCAUGUAAAAACAAGCUGAUUCCCGGACUAUCCACGGGCUGGAUUUAGAAGGCGAUUGGGCCGGAUCCGGCCUCUGGGCCUUAGUUUGCCUACCCAUGGACUAGGACCUGGUUUCAAAUCCCCAUGAAGCUCACUGGGUGACCUUAAGGGCCACUCGCUUCCUCUUAGCCUAACCUACCUAACAGGGCUAUUCCCCCCCCCAGCUGGAACUCACAGGAACUCAGUUCAGGCACCUCUCAGGUGGACGCCAUUGCUGUUAUAAGAGAACAAGGGAGGCGUUCAUGGUGAUUUCCGGCACCUCUUUUUCUAGAAAAAUAGCAUUGCUGUGAUGAUUACAGUAAAGUGGGAGGGGAAACCAUGUGGACCACCUUGAGCUCCUUGGAGGCAAGGUGGGGUAUAAUUGUAAUGAUGAUGAUGAUGUGUGACCCAGCGAUACCCAGUGGGCUUCAAGGCUGACUUGAGAAUUUGAACCCAGGACCGCCUGGUCAUAGGCCAGAACUCUAUGGGGAGGAGGGGGGUAGCUGAGUGGUGGCCUCUAGAUGUUAGACAUCCAGCUCCAAUCAUCUGUUACUGUUGACCAUGCUGUCCAGGGCCAAUGGAGAUUGGAGUCCGACAGCACAUUGGCUGCCUUUAAUACACCACUCAUUGCUAUAGUCACCUGCCUGGAAAAUGUUGGACUUGUUUUAGGGGUGCUUUAAUGGUCCCUUGGGCAAGGUAGCGUUCCUUUAAGGAUUCAGGCUUCUCUUGGGGGAGGUUUGGUGUGCUUGCACUAAGGCAUGCAUUCUAUGGUGCAACUUUUCUUCUACAGGAAAGCUAUGUGGAUGUGGGAUGGGUAUUUUGGGGUGUUGUGGUUUCCCCUCCCAAGAAAGGGGGGCUGCUGAGUGAUCAGAGCUGUUGGCAAAAUUGUGCAUUGGGAAGUAAGUCCCCCCCCGCCCACGGGUGUGGGUAUAUAUGUUUGUGUGUGAGGGGUCCUCCUUAUACAAGAAAAGUAUACCCCUAAGUCCCUUCUUCUGGGGAAGGUUUCUCAACUUCGCCAAGCUUCCAGGAGGCAUUCCAUUGGCAGUUGGUUGGAAUCAGGAUGCUAGGCUAGGUAGGUUUUUGGUCCAAUCCAGCGGUGUGUUUCUUACUGUCUUAGCAGGGUUGCCUUUUCUUGACAGAGGUCACCAGGCAUCUGAGGUCUAGCCACUUUUCACUUGAGGGGUCUGAGCUGCAAGAAUCUAUCACCCUUCGAGUAAACAGGCCUGCCUCUGGGGUGGCUUGCUGUUUGGCUGACUUGAUAGCUAACUUUAUGGUCCUAGACAGCUAUUCCCCAUGCUGGAAAUUUAAUGGUGGGAAAUUCCUCUCCUUUAACAUUCACAUGUCAACUAAUUGGGGAAGGAUGAGUAAUAACUGUGUGUGUAUACGUGAGAGCAGAGGGGAUAGAUGUCAUCCAGCUGCUUCUCAGCACCUCUUGUGUGUCAUUCUCGGCUCCAUUUACUUACAUUGGGUAAUCAUUCCAUGUUGCUAGAAAGGCAUGUGGAACUGCUUCCCCUACAUUUAAUACCCACCCCAACACCACAGGCCUUAGUGGAGUAUUUGCAUGUUUCUGGACUUCAUUUUCUUCCACAUCUCCACAGUGUUGUUGGAAGUGGCUUCUGCAAUUUGCCUGUGAAAGGGUUGACCCUCUUCGUUCUCUUGCCAGGGUUGUUAUGAAGAGCGACAAAAUAAUCACAGCACUCUAAGUUUCUCAGAGUGGGUUACAACAUCCGAACACAGCACAGUAUUAAAAACAAUUUAAAGCGACUUACACAGGUGGGUCCUGAAAACACAUAGCUCAGGUGUCUUAAACCAGGGUUAAUUCAACAUUUUCCAGAAACUGCUGAAUGAAAGUGCCAGAUGUACCUCUGUGGAGAAGGAGUCACACAAUUUAGGCGCUGCCACCCCCACUCUAAGCUUCUGCAGAACUACUAAGGGGCUCCUGCCCAUCUUAGCAACUGAGAGGGUCUGCAGGGAAUGCGGUAGUCUUUCAGUUAUUUGGGGCCUAAGUCAUUUAGGGAUUUAAACACUACUGUGAGCACCUUGAAUUGGGCCUGGAAAUGCACUGGUAGCCAUUGCAGCUGUUUUAGAACAAGGGUUAUAUGAGAUCUAAAUGCAAUCCCAACCAGUAAUCUGGCUGCAGCAUUUUAGACCAGCUGAAGUUUCCUUCCAAGGGCAGCCCCAUUAAGGGAGAGUUCAACCCUUUCCAAAACAGACAACCAGCCUAAUUAAAAAAAAAAAAAAUACUGAAAGAGUGUUCUUUUGAGCCCUUAGGCAAAAUCAUAUGUAAAUACCAGUAAGUGGAAGCAUGCAUCAGAAAUGUGAAAUGGCCUAUCCUCUCGAGUGCUUGAAAAUGUUCAGCAGCAAACUAGUGCUGGUCACUUUUAAACCCUCCGUAGCUGGGGUGGGCUAAUACUGUGGCCCUUUGGAUGUUGUUGACCUCCAGUUUCCAUCAGUCCCAGCUAGCGUGACCAACAAUCAGGGGUGAUGGGGGGUUGUACUGCAAUGUCUGGAAGGCCACGAGUUCCCCAUCUAUGUUGAACCGAAGAUGAGACUGUUCUCGGAAGGCCCUCAAGGCCAUCUUGAUAGUCAAAAUAACUUUGAAACUAAUUGGUAGUUGUUGCAAGAAUGCGCUCACACAUGUAUGUUCAUUUGCUUGGAUAUCUGCUAAUUGGCUUGUUUUGGUACUAUGUUUUUCUGUGGGCCCUGAGAUCCUGGCUCUGGGCCCAGAGAGGGGAGUUAUCUGCGAGCCUUGGAUAGUUGCCACCAAUGCCCUCAAGGGUCAGGUGGGUUGAUGGGAGGUUCUGGCCAAGCUGACAUAUGCAGCUUCUUUUAUAAGUAAUGUAUACAUGUUUACCUGCGUGUGGACAAGUCAUGGCGACUGCUUGUUGCUGCUGUGUUCACCCCGUGACUGUAAAGGCAGCAGGGCUCUUUACUCCAUGUUGCAAGUUUACACCUUUCUUUAAUAAAGCACUGGAACUGGCCACUUUAGUGUUUUUAAGAUCCUCCUUUGGUAUCCCUGCACCAGACUACUCCCACAAGCCCCACUUGGUGCUUGCAGUUUGGGACACCAUCCCUUCUCUUGAGGCAGGAGUGCACUGUGUAGUUGUAGCAGCAAAUGAUGAAGCAAAAGCAAAAUGCCCAAGUACAUCUUAGAUAUAUGGUGGUAUCUCUGGUUACGUACUUAAUUCAUUCCAGAGGUCCGUUCUUAACCUGAAACUGUUCUUAACCUGAAGCACCACUUUAGCUAAUGGGGCCUGCCGCUGCGUGAUUUCUGUUCUUAUCCUGAAGCUAAGUUCUUAACCCGAGGUACUAUUGCUGGGUUUAGCGGAGUCUGUAACCUGAAGCGUAUGUAACCUGAAGUGUAUGUAACCCGAGGUACCACUGUACUUUAAACUGCAGCCUCCUUGAGGCAGGGGUCUUUCCUUUUAUUGCUUUGUAAAAGUGCCACCAAUAAGGGGCAUCAGGGUGCCAUUUAUUUUUUUUAGCCCUCCAGGUUGACUCUCAAUUGACCUACAAACCUAGGUUACUCAACAGUACCAUUCUAUGUAAGCUGGUUAUAUUUUGCUUGUAUGCUGAGUUUCGAAGCAAAGUAUUUUCUGAGGGGAGAAAACUCUGUGUUUUGAUUUGAAAACAGCUUCUUCCACUCUUUACAGCACACAGCAAAAGCUUUGGUGACCUCUUUCCUCCCUCCUGGUGUCAUUUGUUCACAUUUGAGUUCAAUGCAUCCAGCUUGAAAGGGGGUGCAUGUGCUGUCAGCUUUGGACUGGGGACCAGAGUUCAUGGUCUCAUGUAUUUCACCAGCUAUGACCUUGUGGACCAUUUCCUGGCUCAUAGCUUUUUUCCUGCAAAGCUUUUGGAACAGGCUCCACAGCUCUCCUGUUUCCUUGAGGAACAGUGAAAGCAAAACGGAUACAAGAAUAAAACCGAAACCUUCUGAUCUUAUAAAAUCAGCCUGCAUGAAAGCCUUUGUGCCAUUGGUUAGAAAGAUACCACCACCACCCGCUCUUUGUCCACACAUGCUGGGCCCAGUACAACUGAUCUUUCCUCUUUGCCCUCCCAACAGCCCCAGGAGAAGGAAGCAGUUCUUUUGUGGAGCCUCUCUGCUUUGAAAGGGAAAACUUUCUUUCUGAGCUUGUCCUAGAUUCUUUCCUGGGUGGAAAAAAAACCUGGUUAUUUGACCUGCUUCUUCCUUGUUCCUACCUCCUUUCCAAGUGCCAUGCAGGGCUGAUGCUGUCAGAGACAGGGUUCUUGGGCAGCAGUUGGAAAGGGCAGAAGGAGGCUUUGCCUGUGUGCUUGUAGCAACUGUCAAAACUACUUGUUGCCACCAGCAGCCAGAGGCUUCACCCACAUGAAGCCAUGUUCCCAGGCUCCUACAUGAACCAAGCAGACCAGAGCAAUCCUAGUUGUUUGGGGUUUGUUUGUUUUUUAAUUACCUGCUUUUGUGUUGUUACUUGAUCUUCCCAUAGGGACAGAGGACGAAUUCAUUCUGUCCGCUUUCCACAGUGGUGCAGUUGUGGAUUGGAACAUAGUGUGGAUUUGUUUGGAUCUUUGCAGUGCAAUUUCGGUCCAUGCAACAUAUGCACAAUACAGUGGUACCUCUAGUUAUGUAUUUAAUUCAUUUUGGGGUGCUGUGUGCACCCCGAAAAAUCUGUAACUAGACAUGCCACUUCUGCGCAUGCUCGUGGCCCUGUAAAGUGCUUCUGCGCACGCGCACAGAGCUCUUCUACGCAUGCUUCCGGGUUUGCCGAGGCCGUAACCUGAAGUUUCUGUGACCUGGAGGUUACGCAACAUGAGGUACCACUGUGUGUAUUUGUAUUUUUUAAAGUAUUUUACGGGGGGCGGGGUAGAGAUUCAAAAAAUGUGUACAUUGCAUGCAGAGUGUGCAUAAAAAGGAAUUUAUAAUUUAAAUGCAGAUGUUUUUGUGCAUUCUUUCAUAAACACCACACAAGAUGGGACAAAUUGAGUGCCAGUGAAACUGAAAAUGAAACUGAAAAUGGGCAGAGUUACGCUGAUUCAGCUCAGCUCUAACCUUCCACUCAUUUUUAUUUUAAUUCAAGAGUCUAUUAUGAAGUUAAAAUAAGAAUGCAGUAGGAAAUAUGAAAUGAUGAUGAAGAAGAAGAAAAUUUGCCCCUCAUUAAUCAUUAUUUUUAGGAACAUAGAAAGUCAGAUCAUUGGGUCCAUCUAGCUCAGAAUUGUCUACACUGACUGACAUUGACUUUCCAGGGUUUCAAGCAGUGGAUGUUCCCAGCCCUACCUGAGGUUGAGCCCUGGGACCUUCUACAUGCAAAGCAAAUGCUCUAACCACUUAGCUGAAGUCCUUCUGUUCUUGCUCAUAUACCAUUGUAUUGGUAGAGGGUGAUAUUACCAUGUAUACUGUAUUUGUUUGGCACCCACUUGUUUGAACCUUGAGUAACAACACAGAGUCUCAAUGCUAACAUUUCCCCCCUUUUAACUUGCAGAUGUGACAAGCUGCUGUUGCCAAAGAUGAAAAAUUGAAUUCUGACUUGACACCAUCCCGAACCUUCCAUAUUCCCCCCACUUUUUUUUUGGAGGAAGGGCAAAAAGCCCAUUGAAGAUGGCAACUUUGCCAGGUACCUCCACCGGACCUCCCCCGUCCCUGCCAGAUCCAGGAGUGGCCGUAUGGGAGUGGCAGGAUGAGUUCGGCAGGUGGAGGCCGUACCCAAGCGGCGUGUGCAGCUACAUCGAGCAGUCCUUCCAGGCUCUCAUGGCAAAAGGGAGGCAGUCGCUGCCCUCCUGGCCUGCCAACGGCAGCAUUCCUUUGGGGCAAGCAGAUUCCACGCUAGCACCUUACAUCAUCGACAUACCGAAUCUCACGCAGUUCCGGCAAGAUACAGGUAGGAAAGCGGCUGAGCCAGCAGUGGCCCUUCUCAUAACACUAGAACUCAGGGACAUCCGAUGAAGCUGGAUAUUGGAAGAUUCAGGACAGACAGAAGGAAGGACUUAUUCACACAGCGCUGAGUUAAAUUAUGGAACUUGCUCCCACUGGAAGCAGUGAUGGUCACCAAUCUAGAUUGCUUUAAAAGAGGAUUAGACUAGGGCCGGAUGAGAUUAUGUAGAGGCGAAUACUGUAGGGCUGGGCAAUAUCUGGUUUGCAACAUUGUGAUAUAUCACCAGAGAAACAUCACAAUAUAUUGAUCUAUCAUGAUGGCUUAAAUAAGGAUUGAGCUAUGUAGAGGCAUUGGCUGGCUUCAUGGUUUUUCCCUCAUCGUGAUUUUUGCAUCACACACAGAUACAUGUCAUGAUUUGCAAUAUAUUGGCCAGGUCUAAAAUUAUGAAACCGUUAUCACAAUACAGACUUCAAAACGGUUUUGGAUGAUGUAUCAAUAUAUCGCCCAGCCCUAGUGGGUAAUAGCCAACAAAGUCAUACUCGAAGUAAACCCAUUAAAAUGGAUGGCUUAAAGUUACCAAGAUGCACCAAUUGCCUACUUAGAGUAGGACAAACAAUGUGUGUGUGUGUGUGUGUGUGUGUGUGUAUACACGUAUACACACACACACACACACACACACAAAUUGGGGGUGGGCAGGAAACCUAGCAGGAAAUGCCUAUCCACAAAACUUUGUAAUUGCAAUGUAAAAAAACCCAGGCAAUCUGGGCUGUUCAUCAGAAGCCAGAGAGAAUGGCAGGAAAUCUUCCUUCCUGAGUUUCUGAACAUCUUUGUAGAAGGGAGCAACAGAUGCAAAGUCAGGCCGCAGGAGUGUGGCGCUUCAGCUGUCGGCAGUGGACAGAUUAGCAGAUUAGCAGAUGUAGGGGUAGCAAACACUCUCUGGUUGCUGCUGGACUACAGCUCCCAUGAUCCCUGGCCAUGUUGGCUGAGGCUGGUGGGAGUUGGAGUCCAGGAGCAUUUAGAGGACAUUGUGACUUGAGCCCAGGCUGCCUGAAAGGUCCCAUCUCCAUAUGUGAACCUGCUUGGGAGCUAAGAUCCUCAGGUAAGCACCUUCACUCUGUCCCAUCAACAUCAGAGGUACAGCAGGUCCACAGGAGAAAGCCUUUUUUUGUGGCUGCUCCCAGGUUGUGAAAUACCCUCCCAAGAGAGGUCAGACUGGGUUCCUCUUUGUUACCCUACCACCAGUAGGCCAAGACCUUCCUGUUCAGAUGGGCCUUUGGAAACUGAGGUGCAGACCAUGCUUACCACUGGGCUGCUGUCAGGGCAAACCCAGUGUUAACUGCUGUCUCUAAGUGUGUUGUGAUAUAUUUUGACUAUUGUUUUCAACUAGGUUGGUUUUAUUAUUAUGUAUUUAAUAAUGAUGUUUUUAAAUGUUGCAAGCUGCCUUGAAUCCCUACUUGGGAGAAAGGCAGGAUAGAAAUACAUUAAAUAAUAGAGGAGCUGAACAAGAAUGCAGGUCAGUGUUGGGUCUUCUGUUCUCUGUUAUUUAGAUUAAGAGUUACAGGUGUCUCCAACCUGGAGGAGGAGGAGGAAUGUUCCUUUGGCCCCAGGAUCCCUUUCCUCUUCACAGUAGGGUUAGCCAAAGUGGCAUUGUUGGACUCCAACUCUUAUCAGCACCAGCCUGCAUGGCCAGCAGAGAAGGAUGAUGAGAGCUGUAGCCCUACGACACUUAGAGUCCACCACAUUCUCUGUUCCUGUCUUGCAGGAACAUCGUGUUCAGGGAGACUUCUGUUAUGAGCUGAAGAAUUUAGCUGGUUAUGUCUCAGUCAGUCAACUGAAGGAGAAGAGCCUUAAGGCACAGAAACAACGGGGCUGUUAAUCCCGUGUCCAAAUACACAGGACAAUGCAUCAGAGCCCAAGAACCCAUUCCAGCCUGACAAGAGCACUCAAGGUUGGAGCAAAGCAUAGUCAUUGAAGGGUGUAGACCUGAGGACUGGGUGAUUUGCCAAGCCUUGGGAUACCAAAAUACUCCAGAUCAUUAAGAUCAAGUGUUUUCCUUAGCAACUGGGGCCUGGACCUCUGUCGAAAGAUGCAAGGCUUGUUCCUUACCAUUGUUCCUCAUCUUACAAAUUGCUGGUACCCCUUUUCUCUCCUUGUAGGGACCAUGCGCUGUGUGCGCAGACACGUUUUCCAGUUGGAUUCAGCCCCUGGGCAGGGAGUCGUCUGGGAGUGGCAGAAUGAUGACGGCGGUUGGUUCCCCUAUGAGAUGACCGUCUGCAUCUACCUGGAGCAAGCCUUCACGGUCAGCACCCCCCAGGCAGAUCUUGGGCUCUUUGGCUACAAGUACAGCAUCGAUUUCGUCUCGCAGACCCAGACCAACAAGGCCACGGGCUACCAGCGGAGAAUCCGGAGGCGGGUGGAUUCUCCCUACCCAGUCACCACAGUGACGGGGCCUCCUCAUUCAGGACCCUCAUGCACAUGCCAGCAGUGUUUGUUGAACAGUGGGACUGGCCCCAUUACAUCACGGUUCCGGCACUCCAUGGUGAACCUCCCUGGACCCUCCGCCGGAACCGCUCCCAGACCCUCUGCUGGGAAUCUGGGGACUGGCAGGACAGCAGGGCUCAGUUCCUCUCUGGUGGGCUUUGUGCCUUAUAACAAGCCAGCCCUGUCCGGAGCACGGUCGAUGCCAAGGCUGAAUGUACACAGUGCCGGGGCAGCACCACAGUCCGGAGCCGUCGCUGGGCCAAGCCCAGCAAACACCACAUCAAAAGGAGUCAGGUGAGCUAUGUUUGUUGAUCUACUCUUGAGUUGCUAACAUCCUUUCUAAGCCAAGGGUGGGGAGCAUCAGGCCUGCGGGCCAAAUCUGGCCCUCCAAAACUCUGUAUCUCAGCCUUGGGACUCUCCCCCAGGCCACCCCCCUCUCCCACUCUGCUUCACAACCCACCAAUAGCUUUGUCCUGUGCAAAAUUGUGUGUUCUCCUUUUAAAUCCAACCAGGUUAGACAGUCACUAUGUUUUCUGGUAUUAAAUUCCAUACUUCAGCUAUGUGUUGUCUGAAUUAGGACUUCCUUUCGUCCUGAAUCUUCCACCCUUCAUUGGAUGUCCCUAGGUUCUCAUAUUAUGAGAGAGGGCGAGAAAAGCAUGGAUCCUGUAGGGGGGUGGGAAGCAAGUUGUCACUGUGAUUAGGAUAAAAGUAUGUUUAAGGCUCUGUUUAUUAGGAUGAGGCAGUUGCAUUGGAGAAGCCAGACUCUUCUGAGCUGAUCAAUUGGGUGUUCUGCUUACGUGCAGCUUUUAUAGAGAAAGCAAAUUCAUCACAAGCCAUGCACAAUUUCUUUAUAUCACAGUCUCCCCUCCACCCCAACUCACCUUUUUUUCUGAACGAAAAAGACCCGGAAUGUUAUAGCCUUUCCGGUGGGGGAGUUGUUCCACCCGCCUGAUGGUUUUGACUGCCCUUAUUCUGCACCUUUUCCAGCUCUGCAAUAAACUUUCUUAGAAGCGUCAACCGGUAUUCCAUGUGUGGUCGUGCCACAGGCAUUAUGAUAUCAGCAAGGUGUGGAAGGUGUCAGGCCCUUUCCUAAUGAUCCCCAACAUGGGGUUUUCCUUUGUCUCUCCUUCUGCACACUGGAUUCAGGUAGCAGGAGAUGGAAAAUAUUCCCUCUGCCUGAGACUCUGGAGUGCCACUUCCAAUCACUGUGAACCCACUGCUGAUGGUUCCCCCCUCUCUCUUGUAUGGCGUUGUUUAUCUGCUGUACAAGAGCCUCUGAAGCCUGCAGCUGAAAUAAUGUCAAUCUCCCAAUCUAAUAUUUGUUGGAAAAGAGAUGCAACUUCAGCACAGUGAAAAAAUAAAAUAGAAUUGUUGAUAGUUAGUUGACUCUCUUUCAGCCCAGGGGUGGGGAACCUCCCUCCCAGGGGCCAAAUGUACCCCAUGCCCAGUCCCCUCUAACUGGCCCUUAUUACUCCUAAGGCCACAACUCUUACCGGCCCAGCUUCACAUCCUCCUUGAGGGUUUCUGCCUGAUUGAAAUGUAGCUUUAAACUCUGAUCGUGUCUUUUUCUUGCCUGGAUGGAAGAUAGUGUGGGGUACCUGAGUGUGAAGAAACUAGCUUCCUGUAAUAAUAUAAAAAUCACAUUCAUUGUUCCACACAAUUUUGCCUGUGGCCUCAUCCAGCACUGGUAUGUGACCCUCGGAAGCUUGCUCAGAAGGGUAUGCAGCCAUUAAGUUUUAAAAAAGGCUCCUCACCCCUCUUGUAGAAAAUGCAGGGUUAAAUCGUCUGAGCUGAUAUCAGGCAGCUUCCUACGUUCCAGUGACUCUUUCCUUCAGGACACAAUCUUACCGGCUGUCGGGCAUUUGGGUAAGCCAUGUUGACUGCAACAUGCUCUUAUGCUCUCUUGGUGGCAUGGGUUCACACAUUCGGAUGCAAGUAUUUAGUAUCCAAGUGAUUCACCCUGCGUGUGUGAACUGGCUUUCAGGUUAGGGUCACUGUAUUGCUGCUGCUGCUGCUCUUUAUGAGGUGUUUAGACUUCCUCUUUCACUUGCCUGUGCUAAGUGGGGAUCAGGCCUUGAAGCUGAUGCUGGUGUUUGGGGGACUAGGUAGAAGCUUAAGCUGUGGAAAGGUCCUGUUUCAGCACCAGCAGACAGCCCUGGGCAGCUUUCCUCCACAUAAUAGCCUCCUGUCGGAAGUGUGUAAUUACUUCUGUCCGGGCUCACAUACUUGAAGCUAGCAAAAACCCACCUUCAAACAGAAUAUUCCCAUGUAUGUGAUUAAAGGAAAUCUGAGCAGCCAGCCAUUGCUAUCCAGCUCUUGGGCUGUGCUGUUUGUUGGUCAGCACCACAGAUUAAAAUAUUUCUUAUUUUUGUUAGAUUUUGAAACUUUUCAUUUUUUUGCGCACAGCAAAAAGCCCCCCUAGAGCUGCAGACAGUGUCUUUAAUCUGACUGUGAAGGUUUUGUUUUAUGAAUCAGCCUAGAUACAAAGCCAGGAAAUAUUGGAUCAGAUCAGAACUGUAGAGUUGUAAGGAACCAAAAGGAUCAUCUAGUCCAACCUCCUGCAGUAUAGGAAUUUUUGCCCAGCAUGGGCUCGAACCCAUGACCCUGAGAUUAAGUCUCAUGUUUUACCAACUGAGCUGUCCCAGCACUUGGUGGUGGUGUUGCAAGAAAACUUGGUAUAUCUUGAGCUGGAGUAUAAGAAGCUGGUACUGGCUUGGAAUUUAACUUCCUGAGAAUCAGCUGUUUUCUUUUUCUAAAAAAGCAAGUUGCUGUGUGUGAGUGUUUUAAACUGGGCAGUACUUGUUGAAAUCUCAGAAAGCCAAUAAUAUAUCCUGCUGAAUAGGUUUUGCAGUGGUGGUGAUGGAGUUGUGUAUGCCUCAUUUCCCCCAUCUGAUAAAAUCACUAUAAACUGUGCCCAUGUGUACAGUUUGCUUGAUUUAUCAAUGGUUGUAGGAGUCAGCUGUUCAGGGGGCCAAACCUUUUAGCCUAGAGCAUGUACAGCCCUAGGUAUGUCUGGUUCUCUUGCUUAUUCCUUGUGGUUGCUAUAAUUAUCCACUUUAAAACACAUUCAGUAACAUUGUCCUCUUCUCUCUCCAGUGUCCCAAAGCUACCAGUGAACAUGUCCAGACACAGCAAAGUGAGCCAAGCUCUGGCAGGUAAAUGGCUCCUGUUAUUUCUUUUUGUUGUCCCCCCGCCCAUGGCUUACACUGGCAACUGGGAUUACAAGGAACUGGCAUCCUCAUACCCGGUGCUGCUUGGGAAUUCUAAGAAACAAAAAAGGUGCAGUUAUGAAAGGUUCAGUCCACCAUCUUGAUUCAAAAUGGCAUCCAGUUGGCACAGACAAAAAUCUGCUCCUUGAUCUCAGGACCCAUCAUGCAAAGUGUGGUUAAAAUCCAUGCAGGUUUGAGAGAUUCAGUCUGCCAUCUUGAUUCAAAAUGGCGUCCGAUUUCAUCCAAGCGUAGACAAAAACGGGAUUGUAGUCAGCUAACUUUUACUCAGAGUGGACCCAUUGAAAUUAACCAACCUAAGUUAGUCAUGGCCAUUAACUUCAACUCUUGAGUAAAAGUUAGUUGGAUACAUUGAUCCCAGAAACCAUUAUGCAAAAAAAAACAAAAAAUGUUGCAAUAUCUCUUAGAGGUGUUCAGUUGCUUAGCAAAAAGACAAAAUGGUGCCCUCACUGAUGAUGUGGGACUUCAACUCCCAUCAGCCUCAGCCAGUAUGAUAAAUAGUCAGGAAUGAUGGGUGUUGUAGUCCAGCAACCUUCUGGAGGGCCACAGGUUCCCUAUUUUUAGCAGUUACCUGUGUCCUGUUAGGGUAAACAUAUUGCCUGCUUCUUCCUGAACGUCCCUAAGUCCACUUCACAAAAUGAGGAUUUCUGAAUUCUCAAUAGAUUGUCUUUCCAUACUUGAUACAGUUUCCCCUCACCCCUUCUGCUUCUCAGAAGCUGCUACUGCUACUGGAAUUCAGACCAUUGGUCCCCUUUCCCUGACAGAGGUAUUGAGAAGACUGCCUUUCCGUAGUUAAAACCAUGCCUAAGGCGGCUUACAACAUGAAAAGAUGUACACAAUUGCAAAAGUACAACAAAAGUAGACAUAAGCAGAGAAAGUAAAAGCAUAUAAACAAUCUGCACCUAAGUCAUAAUAAAAUCUAAAAUUAAAGAUACAAGAAACUGUUAUUAAUAGUAGCAAGGUUAAGCCUCUCCAAAAUUAAGUCAUAACCACAACAAAAAACCCUAAACAAUAACCCGCAGGCAUCCUGAGAAGCAGGGCUUGAAGGACUCGCAGCCAAAAUAGGCCCUGGCCUCUUAGGCAGUCUCAGCUUUUGUAGCUGCAGUCAAUCAGUCAGGACUUCACCCUCCCCAGCUAGGUAGCAAGCCAGGGAGCAGGGGUUGCAGGACUCACAGCCAAGAUGUACCCCUGCCCCAUAUAUUCCAUAAGAUGCUCGGACAAUCUAAGGGGAGGCUACAGUCCACAAAUUCUCUUCCAGGUGCUAUAUGUUUCGAUUGCAUACUACUUUCCCCUGUGGCUGGCUCUGUGCAUUGUGAGAGUCUGCCUUAAUUGGGCAGAGUCUCACUGCAAUGAGGUGCAAGGAAGAAAAGCCCAGGAGGGUGUGGGGACACCCAGUGAAGUCAUAAAAUGGGAGAUGGAGGGUGCACUUCUGGAAUCCCCCCACCCUUAAAAAAGAAAGCAGGGUGUGGUCUUCUUUUUCUCCAAAAUCUGUUCACCACCUAUCCUUCCCUGACUCUGAAAAGCAGGUGGCUGGUCUCCAACAUGGGUGCUUAGGAACAUCAAUGAGUCUUGCUGCUUCUACAUGCCUCAGAAACACUUUGCAGCUGCUGGGAUGAUAUCUUGCCCAUUUCUCGCUUUGGGACUUGAGUAGGCACUGCAGCAGCCCUCAUUAUGGUCGUCAUCGUGAGUGUGGGCCUCAGGACUCACAUGAACUUGGAGUACCCUAGAAUCCUCUGCCACACACAAAUUCUGUUCUGUGUCAUCGGCUCAGGGCUUUUCAGCAACCAGCUGAACUUAGGAGAGAUCCCUUGAAAAACAGUGGUGUGUUUGUGACUUCUUGUUGUAUUAUGUAUUAGUCUGGUUCAGAUGACUUGUCUCAAUCACUAGAUUGAGAAUGGACUGUAGGAAGCCUUGCAUGCCCCACCCUCUAAAUCUCCAGCUUGAUCGUGCUUUGUUGUUGUUGUUAUUUUGUGAAUGUUGGUUAGAUCAAGCCACAGUUCCCCCAAGCUUGUAUGUCACAUGGAACUAUUGCUCAUUCUAAAGUAAAAAUGGAAGCUUUUGCUGAACUGAAGGCUGGGAGCCUGCAUUCCCCGUCACCAGUAAUGUGCUUUUCUGGGAAAAAGUUAGUUGGGAAAAUUCCCCUGUGCCAAUUAACCUUCCUCAAGCUUGUGCCUUCCAUUUAUUUUGGACUUCCAGUUCCCAUCCGCCCUAGCCAGCAUGGCCGCUGCUCAGAUCUGCUGUGGCCCUCCAGAUGUUGUGGGCUACAAAUUCCCCAUCCCUGAUUUAUGUGGUCAUUUGAAGUUGGCAGCUGUGAACAUGUCUGCUGCUUGACUCGCUUCCUUGCACCCCACCCCCCAAAUUCCACCCUUUUGAGAGAAAGUGAGUUUCUAGGUGUCUCUGUCUUACCCAUCUAUAUCCCCACCCCCUUCCAAUACUGAAUCACCUCCUUUUCCUUUUGUGCUUGUUUUAUGAUUUCUUUUUACAUUGGUCAAAUCAAUUUCUCAAAUCAAGGUUUCCUUGUGUUAUUUCCUGGCAAAUUGUGUGAUGCAAAUUUUCUUUUCGCUCCUCCUUCCCUCCCUUCCCCACCUUGCAUGCUGAUCUCGUGCCCCCCUGUAGGCAUGAUGGCCUUUCUGAUGUCAGUCCCUGGAUUCCCUGUGCACCUCAGCCUGGCACCUCAGCCCGCCAGAGCCCCUAGAGCCUCUAAAAAACACAGCUCAGUUAAGGAGGGGAGGAGGAGAGAGAUCGCCAAAGGUAGCCCACUUGCUUGGAUUCCUCAGGGGGGCGGGUUGUGGGGGAGAUCUCCUCCCGGCUGCCGCCACCACCUCCUCCUUGCGGCAUUCUGCUCUCCUUUCCUUCCUCCUUUCUGGCUUCUCUGGCAAAUUGGAUAGCUUUGGACGCUCUUUGGAUGGCCUGGCCCUUGUCUGCCGCAGAGGGUCUUGACGCGAUCUUUGCCUACACGCUGCUGCUUUGUAGUCUCUCCAGAAUCUGCAUGACAUUUUCUAAAGCCGCCUCUGUGCUCCCAAACAGAGAAGUCGGGUGGUCUCCAGGCUUUCUAUGCUUAGAAACCAAGGUACACACAAGAACGAAGGGAAGGGUGGAGGAGGAGGAGGCUAUAUUUACAGUAUCGGAGGCUCCUGUUGCAGCUUAUCAGAUUAGCUGAGGUUCACCUUCUGGUGGCUGACACAAAAACGGUCUCCGAUGGUUAAACUGGUAUUAGUAAAAUGUUUUGGGCUGAACGGCGGCUCAGUGAUACCUUGGUUGCAGCUGGGUUUCCCGGGUUUGCUAAUGUGCAUAAUACUGACCCCCUUAAAAAUGUUUGUGUCCUUUAGUCUUAGGGCUCAUCCAUCACGGCUCCUCUUAAUUUGUUCAUUUAGAAAGAUUCUCAGAUCACUUAAUGAUAAAUCAAGUUCCUAUUUGUUGCCAUUGUGUUUGUUAUGCUGAGACACAUUUCCCCUUAGGGAUGUAAGAAGAGCCUGCUGGAUCAAGCCAAUGGCCCAUCUAGUCCAGCCUCCUAUUCUCAAACGACCUGCAGAGGAGUGCAGGGGAGCGUGCCGGACGCUGAACACUAAAGCAAUAAAUCUAUCCUAACAAAAGUGACCACCCAGAUGCCCAUUACGGGAAACCCUCAAGCAGGAUCCAAGUGCAAGAGCCCUCUCCCCACCUGUGGUUUCCAGCAACUGGUAUUUGGAACCGUUAUUGCCUCCAUCUGGCUCAUCCUAAAAAGAAAUUCCAAAAUCCCUGUUUUGCCCAGCCCCUUUGCUUUCAGCCUUCUCCAACAGCUGGUGCCUUCCAGAUAUUUUGGGCUGCCAGACGAUCGAUGGGUGUUGUAAUGCAAAACAACUGAAGAAUCAUAAAAUCUUAGAGUUGGAGUGGUUCCCAAGAUCAUCUAGUCCAACCCCCUGCAAUGCAGGAAUCUCAGCUAAAGCAUCCAUGUCAGAUGGCCAUCCAGCCUCUGCUUAAAAGCCUCCCAUGAGAGAGAGUCCACCACCUUCCAAGGGAGUCUGUUCUGCUGUUGAACAGCUCUUGCUGUCAGAAAGUUCUUCCUGAUGUUUAGCCUCAAUCUCCUUUCUUGUAACUUGAAUCCAUUGGUUUGGGUCCUACCCUCCAGAGCCGGAGAAAACAAGCUUGCUCUAUUUUCCAUGUGACAGCCCUUGAGAUAUUUGAAAAUGGCUAUCAUAUCUCCUCUCAGUCUCUUCCUUUCCAGGCUAAACAUACCCAAUUCCCUCAACAGUUCCUCAUAAGACAUGGUUUCCAAGUCCUUGAUCAUCUUAGUUGUCCUCCUCUGCACACGUUCCAGCUUGUCAAUAACUUUCUUAAAUUGUGGUGCCCAGAACGGGACACAGUGCGCUAGCUGUGGGCCUACCAAUUCGGAAUAGAUUGGUACAAUUUCUUCCCUUGAUCAGGACACUGUAAUUCUGUUGAUGCAGCCCAGAAUAGCAUCACAUUUCAAAAGAGAUAUACUAGGGGGAUCGUUCCAAUAGGGCAAUGAUUUCAGCAUUCCAGAAGCAAUUAUCCUCACCCCGUGUUGCUACCUUAGGGCUUUUCUCAACCCCACAAGAGGCAAUUUUGGGUGGGGUGGGGGGAGAGCAGAGGGUGUUGUUGCAGAAAGGAAAGCUAUUGGGCAGCACCUCCACUGGUGUGACUCCUUAGCUGAAUCCCAUCCACUGCUUUCUGAUAGGUUUCCAGACAUUUUUGGGCCACUGACCUCUUGGUUCCAUAAACUCAUCCCCAGUGCCCUUUACCCUACCCUAUAAAACAGGCAUAGGCCAACUCUGCUCUCCAGCUCCUGUUGGACUACAACUCCUAUCAUCCCUAGCUAACAGGACCAGUGGUCAGGGAUGAUGGGAGUUGUAGUCCUAAAAACAUUUGGAGGGCCAAGUUUGCCUAUGCCUGCUAUAAAAAGUAUUAUUCAGUAGGGCAGUUUGCACAACCCACUAAGGAAGAUAAUAAUACAGUAACAUUCAAGCCAGUUGCAAUUAAUUGCACAUUUAGUUAAAAAAUAAAUAUUUGCAGAAAUAGAUGUAUGUUCUGAUCUAAUGUAGCUAAAGAAGAGGAAGCAAAGAAUUGUGCAUGAAAAAUAUUUUUACUCAGUCUUGCCAACGACAGCAUACAGGUGAAGGAAAUUUAGAGCAGUAUAUAUUUAUAUAUGGGUACGUACCAAACAUACACAAGUCUUUGCCUACUGUAGAUGUACAGUAACUAAUUUAUAAGAAAAUCAAUAGCUGUUUAUAAUAAUUGGCUGUCUUGUGACUUGCAAAGUCAGAAUCAUAAAUACAAACAAAUGUGACCAAAGGAAAUAGCUUUGAAAGUGGUAAGAGCAGUAAAACAAGUACAAAGAGAGGAAGGGGCUUUGCUUUAGGCUCUAGACUGGUCAGAACCCACUGUAAAGAACCACUGUCCUAAUGUUUUCUCUCUGCAUUGCUCUGCAAACCCGCAUUUUUGCAUUUUCGGAGGUGGUAUUCUGGGUCCUUAGCUCUGGGCAGUUUGUGGACAACCUGCUUACCUCUCCUGCCAGUAGCUUAAGGCACAGGUGGGGAACCUGUGGCCCCCUGGCUAUUAUGGGUCUUCAUUCUCAUCACCCCUCUAGUCUGACCCCAGUGUCAAUGGGGCGUUGCAGUCCAGCAAAAUAUGGGGAGCCACCCCUGGUUUAAGGGUAGUGUUGCAUGUCACUGGCCAGCUGCAUCUGCUCUCUGGGAUGAGGGGAGAGGACUUUGCAUAUGUUCAGAGGUGCUCUUCUCCCCAGUAGACAACUGUAGCGGACUUCCGGGUUGGUGCGAACAGCUAAUGGCGGAUUCUCUCCGAGCUCCGGAGGGAAUCGGCUCCGCUGGGGACGGGUCUUGCCGCGACGGCGACGCGGAGACCCUCAAAAACCGCAGGCGCGGAUGCCUGCGGACCUGGUGACUCGGUGGGCACCUUAAGCGCCCCCCCGACCCACGAAGAGCCUUUAAAGGCUACGGAGAGGGUACGGAAGGCGGCGUGGUGCUGGGAGUAGACCGCUACCCCAGCGGAGCGGAGCCGUGUGCCAUGGCUGAAGAGCACUGACUUUUUCCUUAAAUUCGGAACUCGAAAAGAAGCAACCCGUGAGUAGAUUGGAAUUCGGACUUUAAAAUAUCUAUUUGUAGAAUUUGAUACGACCGGGGAAUGUGUUAAAGGGAAGUCCGCACUCCCCUUCUGCAGACGAUUUAAAGCAAUAGCAGGAGAACUAAGUUGGAGAGUCUACCCCUUUGGGGUGAGUUAAAAAGACAUUAACUUUCACGAUUUGAUAAAGAAGUUUUGAGCUGGAGUGUAAGAGUGGAAUUUUAGAAGUUUUCUCUUGUGGUGUGUAACCCCCUUCCGGGCCCGGAGCGUCCUGCUUUUGAGCCUGUUGAAGAGGAAAGGAGUUUGACAGCUGUUAAAGCUGUCAAACGGGCAAUUAAAGUAAAGAGGCGUGUUGGUUAAGAUCUCCCGGGACUAACUGGGAUACGAUGGAAUUAAAGGGGUUCGUACCCAAGAAACAAAGAACGAGGCAGAGGACUGUUGGGAACAGAUGACUCAGUACCCAGAUUCCCUCUAGGGGAAUUCUGAGACAUUACAAUGGCUGCGGAUGGAAAUUUACUAGCUGAAAUAGAAAGAAUGUGUUACUUUGUGGGAACUUUACAAGAGCAGAGUCUGGCUAUGAAUAAACAACUUACGACCUUGACUUCUGGAAUAAGCAGCUCUGCUGAAUGUAUUGAGGAUCUGAAUGAGAAAAAAUCUGCAGCUGAACCGGAACAGAUAUCUCAAGAAUUGAAGGAGACUAAACAAGGAAAGGAGAAAGCACAGAUGGAAAGUACCAACCAGAAGCCUACACAUGUGGAUUAUAAACAAGAAGACCCUUGGAUUAUAUGGAUUACAAAUCUGCAAAAGAUGCGAAAGAUGAAGGAGGAGGCCCCUGGAGUACUUGGAAUUCAAGAACUUAAAAGAAAGAAGAAAUAUGAUGGGGGCCUCCAUUCUGAAUAUGAAGGACUGGUGGAACUUUUGCAGCAGUUGUCUCUAAGUUUUCUUGUGGGAAGAAAAUCUGGCUGGACUGGGACAGAACUCUUUCGAGAUCCGAAGACCAACAUAAAGGACUACCAACAAAACCGGCGGAGAGGGACUGAAAGAGACUUGAAGGCCUCGGAUGUGAUAAAUCCUGGCUAAGAACUGUUAUUUUAUAAAUGUACUGGGGAUGGGCCGAACGGGGUAUGGGAGGGGGGGAAAACAGAAUUUUAAAAAACACUUACGAUUUUUGGGUCUAGUCAAUAUGAUUGAUGCUUAAUAAAAAUGGGAAAUCGAUGGAAGGGAAUCUGAGCCCAACUUAGGAUAGAAUUAAUCUUCUACAAAAGAUGUAAUAUUAACAGGGUAAGGAGGUAAAAUAAUAACUUGCUGACAUAAUUAUGGGAAAUGGGAUGUAUGAAGGGGGGGUGGGGGGAAGUCAAGGACCAAAGUUAAGAAAGUAAGAUUUUUGAAAUUAUACAUGUUUUUUGUUUUUGUCUUUUACGUGUGUGUUAUGUCUUUAUAAAAUGUGAAAAACCAAUUAAAAAAUUAUAAAAAAAACAAAAAAAAGACAACUGUAGCUUCCACAGACUUUUUUUUCCCAAUGACUAGAUCUCAAUGCAUUUUGAGAUUACCUUUUCUUUCAAGGGGUACAACGGUAGGAUGGUAUUAAGAAGUCUCUCUAGGCAGGUGGUCCUCUGACCAGGUAUUGGAGCCUUCCUUACAGACCCACUGCAGGAGCAGAGCAAAGCUUUCGUCAUCGUUGCAAGUUGAGAGACCAAGGCCAUGUUCACUGAAAGCACCUAGAGCUACAAUUCAUAGAGUUCCCUGGGAAGAGGGAUUGACUGUUAACCUAACUGUGGAAAUCGUAGCUCCGGGAGGGGAAUAGGGGCCUCCUAACAGCGCCCUUAAUAAACCACAGCUCCCAUGAUUGUUUAAAGUGAUUUUAUCACACUUCAGACAUAUGGUGUGAAUGGCCUCUACCCAGCUCUUGUGCCCAUCAGUGGAAACGACUCCACCCUGCUCUGUGAUCUUGUGCACGUAGCAUUGAAGCGCUGGCUGCGACUGCUCAGAAAUUACUUUUGCUGGAUUUAACCUUCUUGCACCUUCUCUAACCCUUCCUCCUUGGCCUGUCGCCUUGACUUGCCUGUGGGCUGCUUGCUCCUAUUGCAUCUGCUGUCUCCCAAGCAGAUUUGUGCCUUAGCUUAGGUUGAUGUCUCCUUCUGUGCUUUCUCUCUUCUCCCUCUCUCUCUAGGUGGCUCCAGCAAUCCUGAAGAGGUGGUUAAGAAGUAUUUGGAAGAGCUGAAUGCACCCCCUGCUGAUGAGGUAAGCUGCAGAACGGCCCCAGGAGCCCCUCCAAGCUAGGAACGGAGCCCUCCCUAGAAACCAGGGGUGGGGAACCUCUUCCAGCCUGAGGCAAACCUCCAGGUGGUGGGUGGGGCCGGAGCCAAAAGUGGGCAGGGCAGUGAAUGCAAAUUUCUACAGUAGGCUUGUUUCUACACCCACCCACCCUCCCUUCUCUCUCUCCUCCAUCCAGGCAAGCCAGUGGCAUGAGUUCAAGCAAAUGUUCCAGCCAGGCAAAGCCACUGGCGGGUACAGAGCAGGGCUGGGGAGGGAUGUGGCCUGGAGAGAGUUCUGAGGGCCAGGUGAAGAGGCUCGGAGGGCCGCAUUUGGUCUCCAUGCCUGAGGUACAUCACCCCUGUUUAAAGUUGAGGGAGAAUGGAAGGGGAAAUGCAGCUUUCUUUAUUUGUUAAUUUUUGCUAAAUCGGUUAAAGAAACAUCACAAUAUAGGUUAGCUGUCAGGAGCCGGAGUCAGGCGUUAGGUCAGCGACAGCAAACACGUCCGUGAAGUUCUUCAAAGGAAGCAAAACAGCUCAGGCCCAGUGAGCACAGCAACUCGUCCCUGUAGGUCUUGCCCCGAUAAAGCAGUUGCGAGGAUUAAAGGUCUUUCCCACUGCUCUCUACGGCUCCUCCUCCUCUCCAUGGUCUUUCCCAAGCAGUCGCAGAUUGCGCACACAGCCGAUCUCUCCUCUGCUCUUCAUUUCUCUGCAUGUCCUGGGAGACCAGGGGGGAGGGUAGCUGGUUGCGGCAGGAGGGGGAGACGUCCUGGCUUCUUCAGCAGCCUGCCUCCACUCUGCCUCUUGACCCUGCUCUUCUCCAGCCUCCUCUUCUGCUUUAGUUGAAACACGGAUUCUCUCUGUCCAGGAUUGCAUCAUCUGCAUGGAAAAACUAGGCGCCCCUUCGGGCUACAGUGAUGCCUGCGAGAGCAAGACGAUCAGACCGGAGAGCGUGGGGAGGCUGGCCAAGUGCACCCACACCUUCCACCUCCUCUGUGUGCUGGCCAUGUACACGAGCGGCAAUAAGGUACUUGGUGGGUGGGGCAGGUUCAUGUGCAGAAGCAGCUACCCUUUCCUAAACAGCAUGGUGUGCAGUUGCUGCUGAGGGUAAUCAUUAUAGCAGGGAUGAUGCUGGUGCUCCAGCGAGGCGUAACCUUUAAGGUUGCUGGAAACUCAAGACCAGGGAUAGGGGCAGAAGUCUCAAUUCUCCAGCCGGCUCCUCCGGUACAUCAGCUUCAGCGAAUGCUCCAUCUAGAUUUCCAUCAAGACACACAUAUCCCAUAAGGAUUUUAGCUCAGAAAAGAACCAGGCGCAGGUUUAAGGUUCUUGCAUUAAUUUACGAAGCCCAGAACAACUCAUUAAUAUAUCAAUAUCUUCACCCACAAUUAUGAAUUUCUGUGCAAAAAAUCUUGCAAAUGGUUGAUUGACUGCAUUGUUAGUCCUUGAGAGAAAAAGAGGCCUCAAACUUUAGAAACGCCCUCUUUCGAUUUUAGAAAACUGCGAAAUGUUCUAACUUGCUUGCUUGCGCCUAUAUCAAAUGCCCUGGUUGUUUGGCUACAGGAAGCACCUUUAGCAAGAAACCGACUACUAAAAUGAAGUAUUAUUAUUGUGGUCCUGGUAAUUUCCUGCUCCAAUCUGCCCCUACAAAGUAUCAUUUGGACUCCUUAUGCCUACAAGCAUAUAGCUGAUGCAUUUGCUGUUGAAUCAAUCCAUCAAACUGAUGGAUGAUUUAGAAGGAUUGGGUCCGGCAUCAUUUUUGCUGCUCUUGUGUGCCAGUAUCCAUACUCAGCAGAGUUACAUCUCAACGCAGCUCCUUCCUUGGAAGUGUCUUUGCGGUAGAAGGCACACACAGUAGGCAAUGAACAAUCAUGGAUGCCAUAAAGAUUCAGUCGAGUGUAGAGGUUUAUUUGACAGGCAUAAAAGCAUAUUGGUAGCAAAUAUAUAUAGGCAUUCACCACUGCCGUGGUCAAGGCAUGCUUAGAGUCCAACAAGAGUCCAAGACACUCACUCUCUGCUUCUCUCACCAAAAGGCGCAAGCAAGAAACACACAUUAAGUUACGCAGAACCUUUGUUAUCAGUGCUUCCCGUCAUAAUGUGCAUGUCCAAAGAACAGUUCCCACAAAAAAUGUCCUUGCAUAGAUAGAACAAUCUCAGCCUUCUGCUGCUUCUUGAAACCACUUCUCUGUUCUUUUCUGUUUCUGGAACAAAUGGUUCUCACACACAGAGAGAGAAUAUCCAAAAUAUGCAUGUACCGAUCCCCUAGAGACCCCUGGGAAAAAGGGGUUUGUAGCCCUUGGAGAGACAUCCUCCUAACAACUCUCAGCACCUUGAACAAACUACGGCUCCUAGGAUUCUUGGGGAAAGCCAUGACUCUUUAAAGUGCUGUCACAGAGCUGUAAAUGCAUGGGGUGAAUGUGACCUAGAUGGUCAAGCAGCUCUGACUUUGUACAAGGACUUGCACCCCCAAACUCCUGUGGUUGCACACGGCUUUCUUUUUUUGCUGUGACCUAUCUUCUUGCUGAGCAGUCCCCUCUCCCUCCCACUACACACACCCAGGAGUCAAAAAAUUUUGCCUGGCCUUGGUAGCCAUCAAAACUUGGCUCCCCUCCCUUCCUGUAUUGCAGAGGAAAAGCAAAUACAUCUUCCUCCCAGAAGAUAAUGGGUGAAAAGAAAGGGCUAUGGCUUAGGCGCAAAGCAGCUGUUUUGCAUGCAAAAGGUCCCAGGUUCCAUCUCCCAUGGUAGGGCUGGGAGAAUUCCUUGCUUGAAACCCUGGAGAGCCAUUGCUGCCAGUCAGACGAUGCUGAACUAGAUGGGCUGUUGGUCUGACUCUGCAUGAAGCAUAUUCCUAUAUUACUAAGUCUAUAUUACUAAGUGCCUGGUGCCAAUUUGAAAGAGGUGCUCUCUGCCUCUUGUUGCCAGCUAUAACGAUGGCAGAAAGAACUCUUUCCUUCUGGCCAUCAGAAUAAAAUUUCUGGCUGCCACUGGUGACCGUAUUUGUGGGCUCAAGGAGAGUAGGCAUGCCAAUCUAUGUAAAAACUGUUACAGCCGGAGUGGGGUUGAAUAGGUGCUUCUGGGAACUUAAGGAGGUGAGUGAUUGCAAUCUCCUCCGCCCUUUGUGGUGUGCCUAGCGCCACAGACAAUAAGGGAAGUAAACUGGAUCCCAGGGGUGGGAUGCUGUGCUUCAGAGUUGUUCUCUGUAAGUAUAAGCAAAACUUCUUUAAAAGGAAUGGGGAGAUGCAGGCAAUAUGGAGCCUGCCUCAAAAAAUCCUGGGGCUCAGGCUCCCCACCCUGACACGUCCCCUGGUUCUCGGGGUUCUAAACCUUUCUUUGACCUGGUUUUUUACCUUCCAGGACGGCAGCCUCCAGUGCCCCUCUUGUAAGACCAUCUACGGGGAGAAGACAGGCACCCAGCCCAACGGGAAGAUGGAUGUCGCCAUACUCUCCGAGUCUCUCCCGGGGAAUGAGGACUGUGGCUCGAUACAGAUCAUGUACCACAUUAACAGGGGCAUUCAGGUGAGAAAGUUAGAAUGGAAUCAUAGAGUUGGACCCCACAGAUCAUCUAAUCCAACCCCCUGCUAUGCAGUGGCGUCAGCUAAGGAAGAGGGGAAAUCAUAGCUCAGGGGUGGAGCACCAGGGUUUGCAUGUUGGCUACCCCUGACUGUUGGCAUCCAUCUGUCUUGGGGGACAAUGGAGGAGUGUGCCUUUGGGGGUGAAGUCAAACCGCUGCAAGGUUGCAGCGCCUACUGUGGCUGUAGAGACCGACAUGGGAGAGACAUGUCCUGUUGCAGCUGGGGCAGUUGAAGGCAUCCGGUUGUGCUGCUGCAAAUGCACCACGGCAUUUCUUCUCUCUGCGCUCCUCCCAACAGCCAUUCCUCCUCUGGUCACUGCUAUGGGUGCACAACCUGACUGCCUGCAGGCACUGUGGACAUCUGUGAGGGAUUCCCACAUAUUGGGGUUGAUGUUGCCAGCUUUCAUGCCACAUUUGCAGACAUCUUCGUAACUCAGAGUUGGUCUGCCAACAGGCCUGACUGACAGCAUGCAAAGUACCCAUCUGAUACUUAACCAGCAACCCUUCCGACGUGUUCCUACACAGCACUGCCCCCUUCCUGCAGCCACCUCUGAAGCUAAGUGGGCAGUACAGCCAAUGACCGGAUUUCACAUGUAUGACCUUUGUCUCCCUUCCAGGGUCCGGAGCACCCCAACCCAGGCCGCCCAUAUUCUGCAAGGGGCUUCCCGCGCUACUGCUACCUGCCAGAUAACGAAAAGGGAAGAAAGGUAUGAUGGAGUCAGCACCUGCACUUACCUGUGGCAGUCAACUUUCAACAGUUAGAGGAGCUAGGAGGUCAGCCUUAGACAACCUGAUGCACUCCAGGGGUUUUGGACUACAAGUCCCAUCAUCCCUAGCAAGGGCUGCUGGGAGCUGGAACAACUUAGGUCCAGGGUACCUCAGGGACUCUCCCGAUCCCUUAUAUUCCAGCUCGAACUCCGGGAUUAUCUGCAGGAGCAGCUCUGGCUGCUCCCUGAGUAGGUGAGGCUCAUUUCACAACAACAAGGAACUGAGCCUUUAGUGUCGUCAGCCCAGUACUGUGGAACUCACCGCCACUGGAGAUUCAGCAAGGGCCUUCUGUAUUAAUUUUUAAAUGCCUGCUGAAAACUUUUCUAUAGAACACCUGGAGGGCAUUAGGUUGGUGAAGGCUGUAAUAGAGGAGAGGGGUGAGCACAAGCUUAUGUCUUCUUUAUUGCCUGUAUUUUAAUAGAUUUGCUUCUUAUAUUGUUCAGAUUCUGUUAAAAGUUUGAUUACUUUUAACAAUAAUAUUUUAUAUGGUUUUAGCUUUUUGUAUUUUAUCUGUACCAUGUUUUAAUUAGUGUAAGUUCCAUUGAGCCCCAGAAUGAGGGAAAAGGCAGGAUAUAAAUAUUAUUAUUAAUGGUAGUAGUAAUAAUAAAUGUAAGAUGCAGUGGGGGACACUGGUAACUGUCCUGGCCAAAACCCCAUCCAACACCAGGGACAGCUAAGAAAGGAGGUGAGAUGUAAGGACUGGCAAACACCUCUCGAUGAAUGCAGAACAAAGCCAAAUUAGAACUUCCCCAUCGCUCAAAUUCAGCUCAAAACGGCACCAGCUUCAUAGAGACAGUUCACACUUACAACCAAGGUCCAUUCGCCCACAUGGUUGCAGGGUGCCAUCUACUGUCAUCUACCAUCCAAAACUGCCAUGGCCAAGACGGGGAGGGGUGCCCUCACUCUGAUUUGGCUUCACAACAAUGCAUUGUCACUGGCAGCAGUGGCCUCCAUUACGCCAACAAGUUAGUUCUGGGUGAGGGCAAAGCUUAACGCCCUCACUCUGAUUUGGCUUCACGGCCACACAGUGUCACCAGCAGAGAUGGCCUCCAUUGAAUCAGCAAGUCAGUUUUGAGUGACCUCCCUCCCUCCCUCUUGCCAGGUCUUGGAGCUCUUGAAGGUGGCCUGGAGGAGGAGACUGAUCUUCACCAUUGGGACGUCCAGCACAACAGGAGAAAGCAACACCGUGGUGUGGAACGAGAUCCACCACAAGACAGAGAUGGACUCCAACACCUCGGGGCACGGCUAUCCAGACCCCAACUACCUGGACAAUGUGCUAGCCGAGCUGGCAGCUCAGGGGGUCACGGAGGACUGCUUGAGAUCCUGAUCACCCGCGUCAGUCGGAUGGAGCCCGCUCCUGCACCUUCGGACUGCAGGCACCCCUCUCGAGGGUCGCCGCCGCUACAGCCAGUUGCCCCUGUUGCCUUAAGCUCGCUUGCCCCCUUUCUCUGAGCAAUAAUGCUGUCUCUGGGAUCGCCUGGUUGCAGGGAGGAGGUUUCUCUACUCCGUUUUGUAUCUUUCUAAGGGCUUAGCCCAGCCUGAAUGUACGCAGCGAAACCUUCUCCCCCCUGUAUAGAAGAAAUGCAUAAAAGGACAGUGACUUUAACUCUCCCCUCGUUGCCUUCUUCCGCAGUAUGCGGUUGCCGAUGGGGAGGCGGGGCUUGGAGGUGCCUUUCAUGCAAUGUGGGCUUGCCUGCUCUGGGUGGCAACCUGCAGGGGGCGCUGCAUCUUCCUCCUGCAUUGCAGAUCCUGCAUUUGAGCAAGGAAGUCUGUCUUCACGCAGCACUGAGUUAAACCCCGGAGCUCCCUCCCAGAGGAGGCAGUGAUGUCCGCCUGCUUUGGAUGGCCUUAAAAGACAAAAUAUCUGAGGAGAGGGCAAUGAUUGACUAUGCUCUGCUUCCACAGUUUGAAGCAGCAACAUUUCCCAAUACCUGUUGCUGGAAGCCAUAAGAGGGAAGAGUGCUCUUGUGUGCGAAUCCUGCUUGCUAUCUAGUUGGCCGAUACGAGAACAGAACGCUGGACCAGAUGGGCUGUCGGCCUGAUUCGGCAUCUUCUCGUGUUAUAUGCCCUCCAAGGUCACUUCCUGUGUGCAGAAGUUUGCAGAGCAGGGCGAAGAGCUGUAGUUGAGACUUCUCCAUGAUCUGCUCAUCUUCUCUGUGCAGAGAGAUGUAGAGGCAGGGCAGCAUUCAUUUAGGAGGUCUCUUUCCGUGCCUGGGAUCCAGGAUGGUGUUGCUCUUUGGGAAGCGGUGGGCUCUCCUCCACCAGAUGGUGACCUUUCAGGGAGGCCACCAUUGCCUCCCACAUGGCAGGAAGCAGGUUAGGCUGGAUGACCUCUGAGGUCCCUUUCAGCUCUAUGAGUCUGUGCACCAAAGUGUGCAGAGCAGGACAUCCAGAACAGCCCCAAACGCCUGAAAUGAGUUUCCUAUGAGAAAAGGCUACAGCCUUUGGGCUUCUGAAUUCAGGGUGGGAAGGCAAGUAAAGGAGAGGGGACUUGAUGGAAGAUGUUUAAACGAUGCAUGGCGCGUGGAGUAAAAGGAUAGAGGGAUGCUCUUCUUCCUCUCCCAGCCAAGGGAAGUCCUCCUUCACACAGCAGAUAGUUGGAUUGUGGAACUCUCUCCCACAGGAGCCACUCGUGACCACUAGAAUCCCAAUACUCUGCUUGAAAUGUGCCAUCAACCUACAGAGAAGCUGCUGGCAGCUCUGUGUCCUUUGGAGCUGAAGUAAAAUAGACCCCCUGCAUCAGUAAAAGCAGGAAUUAACACCCUGCAUGCGUUAUGCAAAUCAAAUAGGUUUGCAUAAUGUUAUUCUCCAUAAUUCUGCAUAAUUUUUAUUACUAUGCUAGUCAUACGGAGAAGUAAAGUCUUACUCAGCUACCCUUUCAGCCUUCUGAGAUAAUAUGGCCUGUCUUUGCCUACAUACUUUGAAGUGUAUUUUCACAGCCAUAAGGACUUGCUUACCAAAAGAACUUCAGCCCCUGAAAUUUGAGAUUCUCAGGAUGCUGAGAAUUGUAUAACCAUUAUGUGGUUGCUUGGUUUUAAUGCUACGGAGCUGGAAUCCUCACAGAGUCACCAAAGUUUCUUGGUAACUCCCCAUCUGAAUCGCUAUUUUGGGGCUGUGCUGAUUUGUCAACAAAAAGCAGUUUCAGGGCCUUGGCAGCCUGUUCAGACAUGACGUGUAACCCUUUAUUCCCUUUUCCAAUCAAAUUUUGUAACUGCUGGAGCGCCAUCAGGCCUAAAGAUAACUUUGAUCCCUAAGAUUUUGGAAGGUAAGGGUGUUGUAGUUUGGGAGUGAUUUUCCCACUUUAAGCACUGGACAAAGGAAUGGAGGAGUGGAAGUUUCCAUUGGGACAAAGCUCACACUCAUUGCCCGCUGCCAUUUUUUAUUGCAGCGUAGCAAAUGAAUAAAGAUUAUGCCAAGGUUGACCAUAAGAGGGAGACAUAUGAUCCACAUUGGAGAUGGAAGAUCAAAUCUCUGUCCAACGUGAGAUUCAUAUCCCCAUGGGCAGGGCUCAACAAUCCAGGCUUUUCUCUCUUUCCCAGCUACUGGCAGACCUUCCCAGUUUCUCCAGCUUCUGAGAAUUCAGACACCUUUUUGAAUUUCUCUGGCCUCCUGUGGACUAGGAAGUUGGUUUUGACAUCAAAGCGGGCCCAGCCUUCAAGCAAAGCCGACUUACCCCUGUGCUGUCUUUGCUGAUCUGUAUGAAUGUCCUAAAGCUGAGCUAUGUGUGGCUUAUUUGGUUCAUGAGCCUGACAAAGUUUUGAAUCUAGACCAUAAAUGCUCAGCUGCUGGGAACGGAGAGCAUAAUAACCUCUAAACAAUAAAUACUUUUGCACAGAA